GUUACUUCCAUAACAUACAGCAAAUUACUAAAAUCUGAUUACAAACUGCCCCGUGACCCUGUACGCAGGAUAAGCGGUUGACGAUGGAUGGAUGGAUGGAUGAUUACAAACUCUCAAGAUUACAAAUUACAAGAUUACAGUACACAUAAAACACUAAAACUCUGAUAACAUCAAAUGCCACAUUGUGAAAGGGAACACUUUUAUAAUGAAUAGUUAACCGUGUUGCAUCUUUUACUUAGGUAACACUUCUGAGUACAUCUUUCACUGCCAAGGGCACAAGUGAAAAAUAUUAAUAUUGUAGAAGGUUCAAUUUAAUCAUCCAUAAAAUAAUGGAAAUUAAAGUGCUCUUUCCUAACAAGCAAUUUUUGGUUACAGAAAAUAGAAAUAAAUACCUAUAAAAUAAAACCAAAAAUAUCAACAACAUAAAAAUAUAUUUCAUAAUAAAAAAUCUUAAAUAAAAGUUGAAAGGAAUAAAAAGGAGAGAAUGUGCUCUGCCACAGGAGCCUAAAGGGAGUCUGCCUUUGUUUUAUUACCCUUAAUGGAUUAUACAACAUUCAUCUACCAUUUCUAUAUCUAUUGUAAUUUGUGCUCAAAAAAAAGAAAUCAUUCCAACUGGCACAUCUUGAACCUUGAGAAAUGGAGUCACUGUUUGCUACGAGCCAAGACUGAACACAGAAACACAGUGGAGAGCUUCGGGCUUUAAAAGGUCAAAUGCAAAUUAGCAGUUCCCCUGUAAAACUAUCAAAGAACAUUUCAAGUGGGUAGUCUUUUUGUUUCCCACUAAAAGGCAAAGUGAAGAACUGACGUAAGAAUGUGUCAGGGUUGGUGCCACAUUUCCAACUGGAGAUGCACAUAAAUCUGUUUACACUUAAUGUUCAGUAAGUUAGUUCAGAUAUAAAAUAACAUGUGUACAAAUGCUGAGAUAGCUUUCUUCUUUGUGCUUUAUAAUGUACUCAAUAUAUGGGCAUGUAUACGUUUGUACUAUUAUUGUUUAGGGGGGGAAGGGUUCGGUCUCUGUAAAGUCAUUGAUGAGAAACAUUUACCACGUAUUGAAGAAAUCCUUUCGAAACCCAAAUGGAUAAACUUUAAAAUUUCCACGCCAAAAGCAUAAUUCAAGGUUAAUCAGCUUCUGUACAACUGACAUUUUAGAUAUAUUAUGUUCUGGAUAUAAAAGCUUUGUCUUCUGUUGACCCUCCCCAGCCAACUCCUUUCCCCAUGACUUUGCCUCUGACACACCCUCCUCUGUUCAACCCAAGCACCACAGAGGAACCACCAAACAGACGGAGGGUGGACGUCCUUACCAUGAGGGUUUUCAUCUGCUUCGAGGGCUCCUGUGAGCCUUUUGACGUCCCUCCAGAUCAGACUGUGGGGGCCAUGAAGCAGAUGGCAAAGGAUAACUUUCUUGUGCAACUCUCCGAUGACAAGCAGGUCCAGCAGUACCUGGAGCUGAGCUACGGCGGUGCAGCGCUGCAGGACAGCUGGGCUCUGUGCGACGUGGGCAUCACAAGUGGCAGUGCCAUCCGAUGCCUGAUAAAGAGUGAACGAAGGCCUGUGAUGCAUGUGUUCAAUGCUGUGACAGGAGAAACCUUACCAAUCACGGGAAGCGAGGCUCUUCUGCAUAUGUCGGUUGCUGGAUUGAAAACUGUGGUGUCCAUGCAAAGCUGCCUGCCUGUCAGCACCUUCAGACUGAGCACCCCUGCUGGUGUGCAACUCUAUGACUGCAACCAACUGCAAGACUAUGCCAUUGAACUCGGCACUACUCUCCGUUUGGACACAUGGGAUGGGUGGGUGGAGUUCCUCCAGGGUUGCCUCCUGGGCCACAGAAUGACAGUCCAGAGCCACCUAUCAGAGAAGAAGCCAGUAAUGAGAUUUCAGCUGCAGGUAGCACUCUGCAUUGCUGCCUCUUUAGGCCACCUGGAUCUGGCAGCCUGGCUGCUGAAGAGGGGGAUGCAUGCUGAGGAACCAGUGGGAGUCCAUCCGUUUCGCCAGUGGUGCAACCAAACCGCUCACAGAGACACUCGAAAGUGCCCCAUCCACAUAGCUGCAGAGAGCAGUCAGCUCCUCAUCCUCAAAUUAUUUAUCACCAAGAACCUUUUGACUUUGUCUUGUCGGGACCCUGGAGGUCGUGACCCUUUGAAAGUUGCUAUUCAGUGUGGUCACAGGGAUUGUGUGCGCUACUUAGCCAACAAGCUGUGCUCACUAGUAUCCCUACCAAACAUGUCGCUGCCCAUGCGUCUCUACCUCCAGAUUAAACACUGGGUGAGAUUGGGACAGAAAAGGGCAAUCUCCAAUCAAUGCCAGCACACCAGCACUGCCCUCAAAGCCAGGGUGGGUGAUACGUUGCUGGUAGAUGGCUUCAACCAUCAAAAUAUGUCUUCCAAAUCCAGGAAAGCUCUGAUCAAACCAAGUAGAGGAAUCAAGGCCAAAGCUUUGCAGCCUUUACCUCCCAUCAGCAACUUACUUUCAGCAUCACACCUCACUUCCAAAAGGGCACUGCCCCAAAUACCCAGCCUGCAGUCUGUGAACCCUAAACAGAAAAAGCAGAACCAAGAUGUGAAAAGCGGCCAAUUGGAUAAAAUCAAUAUUGAAGACAGAAGCUUAUGCAGGGGCAAGUUUAUACUCCCGCGAUAACCAGCAGAGAAAGCAUUCCCAGGCCGGUAUUGGUGGGUGCAUCACCUAAAUCUUCCCAUAUUCUGACUGAGUCUUUGGAGUCCUUCUCUCACCACUGUGCUGACACACCAAGAGAAAACGCCAUAUACUGCUUGACUAUAGCCAGGUCUUUAUCCUUUGUAAAGUAUAUUUUCAUGUGCAAUAAAAACACAUCCUAACGGGUCU